AAAGGCGGGUAACUAUAACCGCUCUGCCAUUUAACUACAAGAGAAGUGAGAGAAGACAUCUACGUACACUCUAAUGUGGGUCGAGGUCCUCUAUCUAUCAGUGGCGCUGCUGUCGUCAUCUCUGAGCCCAACAUCUGCGAGAUACAGUCGAGAUGCUCGUCGUUCUGCUGACGGCAAUUGGACUCUCACUCAACAGUGUACAGUGAGCUGUGGCGGCGGUCUCUUGCUGGAAACGAGAGCAAAUGGCUCUACAACAAAUACACGGUCAUCUACCGUGAAAUGCAACGCGCAGCUGUGUCCUUUCUCUGACUACCCGCUCAUUCUAGAGCAAAUGGAGAUCGCGACUAGUUCCGUCGUCCAGAACUUCUCUCAGUCGCUGUUUCGACUAGCCGGGGUCACCGGCUUGCAACAGCAAGGUGGUUUCUCAGCAUUAGCUGGAUUCUUUAAUAGUUUUGGUGUGUGCACGGCGACUGGAGAUCCACAUUACACCACGUUUGAUGGCAAGCCCUACAGCUACUACACAAGCUGCAGCUACUACGCUGUGUACGACAGAGACAAAACAAACACUUACCCUCGAUUUAGCGUCAUUAUAGAGACGGGACCUUGUGGUGCCGGUAGCCUCACUUGCGUUCAAAAGGCCAGAGUGAUCUUGGCAUCGUCGUGCGAUGCGUCGUCCGGACUUGCAACAUCGAGCGGCGACAUGACGUUUGACUUCUUUCCAAGCGGUGCGGUACACAAAAACGGUCGCGACAUUACCGGUACCUUGCCAGAUGCCGCUGUAGACUCGUUGGUGACUGUAUCUCGCUCUGGCGGUCAUACGACCCUCACCAGUUAUUGCCAUGGCAUCCAUACGUCCCUCUUCGGUACAUCUUUCACGGCACUCGCUAGUAGCGAUCUACGUGGUCAAGUCUUGGGACUGUGUGGAACGUUUGACGGUAAUCAAAACACCGACUUUACAUUGAUGGAUGGGACAACCAUAACGAACGACUUGGACAGAUUUGCGCAAGCGUAUCAGCUUCCCAGUCAAGGAAGUGGUUGCGUUUCUCCACCUCUACCUCCUUCCUGUAAUUCAUUCGACGAUCUUCAGCCCAUCCAGCUGUGCAAUGCAAUGAACAGCGGAAACUUUGCUGUCUGCAACGACGCCAGUGUCUGCAGCAGUCCGAAGAAUCCCGUUUCUCCCAAAACAUAUGUCGACAACUGUGUUGUCGAUGUAUGCCAGUGUGCAGUUUCAGAACGAGAGAAAUGUGCUUGUUUGGCCUAUAUUCCGUACGCUGUCGAAUGCAGAAGGCAGUGUAGUCUACAAAUUGACUUGAAGGAAUUUCCUGGCUGCGGGGUUCCUUCGGUAAACCUGACUCCAGUCCAUCGAACGGUCUGGCAAGGUGAUUCGGCAACCUAUCAAUGCAGUUUGACUUCUGGAUAUCCUACCGCUCCACUGGAAUUCUCCAUCAACGGGAAAGACAUCGACACGAUGUCGAAUGUCUCCGUAAAUUGCUCCAGUCCAAACUUGUGCAAUCUCAACAUUCACAGAGCUAUAGAAGGCAAGGACAACGGCACUAUCGUUUGUCGAGUCAACAACGUGGUCGGUGAAGAUUCUAAGGCGGCCUCGUUGAAUAUCAGAGUCGGAAGCUUUUCUGUUCACCUACUCGACAACGUACUAGUGGGAUCUCGCACAUACGUUCAAGUGACGAAAACACCUGCAGAUAAUCCAGUGCAACAUGUUCAGUUGAAGUUGGUGGCUCUCCGCAUGACAAUAGUGACGGAACUAGAGCCAUCUAUUCCUUCCAACGGCGAAUACGAGUGGGACGUAAAAGGGCUUCCGAAAAAUGCCUAUUUUGACACAUGGUAUGCUCUCAAAGUCUACGAUCCUCAAUCCGAAUUUGAAGGAUUUUCUAACCUCUUCAGAUUUAAACGCGACGUUAUUGACAUUAAAGUGCCAGUCGAUAAACACGGUCACCUUCUCGAUCCUCCUCUCGCGUAUCUGGGGAGAACGACUCGUUUCGGUUUUAACUAUUCGCACUCCAACAUAUUUAUUGGAAACAUAAGCGUCACUCUCGUGGAUGAAAAUAACAAUGUAGCGGAAAUGGUUGGAACCGUCAGUCCUCAUCGUCGUUUGCCGAAUGUGGUCAAUUGGGUUCCGGGAACAUCUAACGACGUGCCAAGUGGCACAUACCGUCUGCACGCCGAAGACAGCGGUACUACAGAAGCAGAAGGAACGAGUUCAACGUUGUCUAUCAAACACGGUUCACUGUGCAUCAUUGGAGCAAGUCAUCUCACUUACGGUAGCGAGUACAACAUUUUCCUAAAAGAACAACCUGACAAUCUACAAGGACGUCUACAAUUCAAGUAUCACGUUGUCCUGGCAGAUGACUGUAAAGCCGAAGUAGCAGACGUGACAGGGUACGUGUGGAAAUCGCCUCCAAGUAACCAGGCGACUUGGAGUUUAGGAAGUAUUCUUCCAAACGUCAACAUUGGACUACCGUACCGGCUAAGGGCAACGAGAGCCGGUCCAUCAUACGUACAGGGAUGUUCAGAUAACAUCAUUACAUUUGCCAUUGCGAAAAUAGAUGUGAGCUUUGAAAAACCUCGUGACGUUGCGUAUAUAAAUCAUGCAUAUCUUGUUAAGUUUCGUGUGCCGAGGUAUUUAACCCUUGUGGCGGAUGUCUCAGUUAGUGUGCAUUGCUACGGAGUGAAUAGAACUUGGACAAUAGCUUCACGUAUCAACAAAAACUUGCGUAGAGUCUGGUGGAAAGUCGGACAAGAAGAACUUGAAGACCCCAUCACCUCUGGCCUCAUUUGUUACGUCUCUGUAAGAGACUAUUCUAACAGUGGGGCAUCAGGACGGACUGAGAACGUAACAGUGGCCAGAGCUUGUGUUAGCACUAACCCUGAGGUAACGACUACACUGCCAAUGCAAGUGGGUGUUUUGUUUCGGACAGACCAGAAUUUGUCCGAUAUGUCAGUUGCAUUGGUCAAUGCAACAGACACAUCACAAGUGAUGCUUUCAUUUUUAGAUUCAGAAAUUACUGUGGGAGACAAUGAGUUGACGAUCCAACGUGCUCGAGUGCCCGCUCUCUCUUGUCUGAUUCCUGUCCAACCGCUCGUAGUCGCUGUUAAUUACGUAACCGACGCAAUUGCAGCAUUUUCUGAUCCUGUCACUUUUCACGGAUGGCCUCUUAGUGUAAAAGCUGUAGAUAAGAACGGACACGAGGUAGAUAAACCUCUAUACCCAGAUCAAGACGUAUACAUCACGGCUUCAGUUCCUGAAGACUUACUGCAGCUGGGAGAGUUAGUAACAUUAUCUCCUUAUCUUCGCAACACAUCUGGAUGUUUUCCAAUCGGAAUUGUGUCUCAACGCGAUGGUGGUGUGACGGGUAAUUGUACCCACGACGUCCUUGACUGUUACAGAAACGUUACCUUUCAUUGGAAAGUUGGAACUUUACCGGAAAACAGUUCUACCAUAAUUUACCCUGGGAACUACACUUUCACCGUAAAGGACGAAGUCCGCAACCAAGGAACAUUUCUAGUGGAAGGACAGAGUAAAGAAAUUGAGAUUGAAGGACCUGCACUAGUCAGAGUCUCAGUGGCCAACAUAUCAAAACCAAAUCUACCGGAUCGGCAUAGCGGUGAAAACAGAAAUGCAAGUGAAUCAUCCAACAAUACGUCAAGCAAUGACAGUAAUGGAUCAAGUAAAGGAACUGUUGCAGGCAUCGUUGUCGGCGUCGUCAUGGCUCUCAUGCUUCUAGCCCUUGUGGUUGUGAUUGUGAUAAAACGGAUGAAACGUGAUCCUUACGAAAGUCGAACAGAAAAUGGCAUCUCGUUGGCCUCACAACACAACUAUCGAACGUUGCCGAAACAAGACGAACAGCAGUAAACUGAAAGGAAACGCUCUAGACAUGCAGACGCCACAUCUAGAGAAUAAAAACCCAAGUGCUGCUGUACAUGUAGACGCGCCUAGACAUUUAGAAUAGCCCACGUAAAAAUACUGUCCUACAAAUAUGUAUAGUAACUGUCUUGUCUUGCUGCAAUAGAGGACGCACGAACGCAUCCUUAGCGCUAUAGAUAUAGACCUCACCAUGUCAUGCAUUUGCUUAAUAUGUCUAUCUAGAUGUCUAGAGCUCUUCAAGCGUGAUAUUUUAACAGUAAUAAAAAGUCUGUAUACAAA